GUAUUCUCGCGACAUUUGGCCAGCCACUGCUCAGAAAUAAUGGCCGCCUUCGUAGCAAUGGUUGGAAGAGGGAACAACACAAGCAAGAUAUUAGAGCGUUUUAGCUGACCAGCAAUACUAUACGUACCGCGGCGCCCCCUUCUACCUGAUCUCCAGGACGUAUGGGUAGAGGGGGUAUUGCCAAAGGACACAAUAACGGGAUAAAGACUAAGAUAGACUAAUAUUAGCUAGGUAGCUAACAGUGUCUGGCUACCAACACGGUUGUCACUGCCGGAAAACAAGCACGAGUGUUGGGUCAGGGAGGUGUUGAGUGACUACCAACUGAAUUGUUCAAACAUAAUUACGAUUGCUAAGAUGAGUGGACCAGGGCAAGACAGCGAGCCAGAAGCGAAAGUCCUUCUCAUCAAGCGUCUGUACAGGGCGGUGGUGGAGUCUGUGCACAAGCUAGAUGUCAUCAUCGGCAGUAAGUCGUCUUACAGGGAGGUCUUCAAACCCGAGAACAUAAGCCUUCGCAACAAAUUAAGGGAGUUGUGUGUGAAGCUGAUGUUUCUCCACCCCGUGGACUACGGGCGCAAGGCGGAGGAGCUGCUGUGGAGGAAGGUCUACUACGAGGUCAUCCAGGUCAUCAAGACCAACAAGAAGCACAUCCAUAGCCGUAGUGCCCUUGAGUGUGCCUACAGGACCCACCUGAUUGCCGGGGUGGGCUUCUACCAGCACCUGCUGCUGUACAUCCAGUCCCACUACCAGCUGGAGCUUCAGGAUUGCAUCGACUGGACCCACGUCACAGAUCCCCUCAUCGGUCGUAAGAAGCCAGUGUCUGCCUCCCCCAAGGAGAUGGAGUGGGCCCAGAUGGCUUGCCACCGUUGCCUGGUCUACCUCGGAGAUCUAGCCCGGUACCAGAAUGAGCUGGCAGGGGUGGAGGCGGAGCAGCUGGCAGAGAGGUUCUACCACCAGGCCCUGUCUGUGACGCCCCAUGUCGGCAUGCCUUUUAACCAGUUAGGAACUCUGGCUGGGAGCAAGUUCUACAAUGUGGAGGCAACCUACUACUACCUGCGCUGCAUCCAAUCAGAGACCCCCUUCGAGGGCGCCUACGGCAAUCUGAAGCGCCUGUUUGACAAAGCGUCCAAAAUGUACCAGCAGGUGAAGAAGCAGGAGAUGAAGAAGCUCUCCCCAUCGCGACAAAGGUCCAAAGACAUCAAGCGUCUGUUGGUGAGCUUCAUGUACCUCCAGAGCCUGCUGCAGCCCAAGAGCAGCCUGAUGGAGGCAGAGCUGACGUCUCUGUGCCAGUCGGUGCUCGAGGACUUCAACCUGGUGCUCUUCUACCUCCCCCCGCCCCCCCACUCCGGAGUGGGCCCCCACCUGCCCAGUGUGGAGGAGGAAGAGGAGGAAAUGCCACAGCAGCUGCAGUUGGCCCACAACGCAGACCCCACUAGCCCCUCCCCUACAAUGCCCGACGCACUGGUUUUCAAGAUGGUGGUCACCUGCCUGAUGGUCGUGCACAGUCUCAAGAGAGGAGGGUCAAAGCAGUACAGCGCAUCCAUAGCCUUCACGCUGGCCCUGUUCUCCCACCUGGUCAAUCACGUCAACAUCCGCCUGCAGGCGGAGCUGGAGGACGGAGAGAGCCAGGUCCCAGCACUCCAGGCUGACAACGCAGAUGACCAAGAGACGCAGGACCUAUUGCAGCCUCUGGCGGACCCCAGUGAGACGAAGCCCCUGGUGAACGGCUCCCUGGCACCCGACCGGGACGCCCAGAAAGACGGGGAGAAAGACGACGGUCAGGGCCUCGAGAGGAAGGAGAGUGGGGAGGAGUGCAAGGAGGAGAAGGAGGAGCAGGAGGAGAAACGGCGGCAAAAGAAGAAGUACACGCGCAUUUCCCACCUCCGCCGGCGCCGCUGCGGACGGAAGGACGUCCACGCCGAGGACGAGAGCGACCUGAGCGAGGGCUUCGAGAGCGACGAGGAGGAUGAGGAGGAGGAGGAUGACGGCGGCGGGAGGAGCUCCGUCGACCCCGUCGAACCUGCCGUCAACUCCUCUUCCUCCUCCGCCUCCAAGAAGGAGGUGAAGCGGGACGAGGUCAGCUGGGCCACCGGCUCAGAGGAAGAGGAGGAGGAAGAGGAGGGCGGCACCGCCUUCGACGUUGAGACCGACUCGGACAUGAACAGCCAGGAGUCCCGCUCGGACCUGGAGGACAUGGAGGAGGCGGAGAGCUCGGAGCCCCCCGAGGGACGGCCCCGACCGCAGGGGCCGCAGGACCACGAGGAGGGCCACGGGGCGGAGGAGCAGAAACGCCAGGAGGGCGGCGGCGACACCCCUCCCGCCACCAACGGGCCGCUGUUGCCGGGCAACGACGCCAGCAUCAUCAGCAGCAACCUCCAGGCCAUGUCCUCACAACUCUUCCAGGCCAAGCGCAGCUUCCGCCUAGCCCCCACCUUUAGCAACAUGCUGCUGCGCCCCCCGGGCUCCGCCGCUUCUGCCAGCCCCGCCCCUGCUCCCACCACCACUGCUUCCCCUACCCUCGAGAACCCGCCCACAGCCGGGGACACGGCCCCUAGCGACGUGACUCCCCACACUGUCAAUGGAACCAACGAAAUCGAUUUGGACUCUGAUUCGGAAGGCAGCCAGCAUAGCAACCCAUCAGCAUGUAGUGAAAAAACCCUUUCAGAGAAGAUGCAGAUCCUGACCACUCAGGGCCUUAUUCAAGUUGUGAAGGUCUUCAUUGAUUGGCUGAGAACCAAUACAGAUAUAAUCCUCAUGUGUGCCCAGAGCUCCCAAAGCCUGUGGAACAGACUGUCAGUCCUGCUAAACCUGCUCCCAGACGGAAGCAAGAUGCUGGAAGCAGAGCUGGGCCUGAGCCCGGAGGUGGCAGCCCUUCUGGGGGAGUGCGAGCAGCCCGGCCUGGUCCAGAGCCUGCUGCUGCCGGAGGACCUGGCUCUGCGACACCUCCCGGCCCUGGGCCUCGCCCACCGCCGCCUGGACUACUCCCGCCCCCGGCCCGCGCUUAGCCCCCUGCAAGAGUGUGUUGUGCGUGUGUGCUGCAUCCGCAGUUUUGGCCACUUCCUCACCAGUCUCCAGGGCAACGUGCUGCACUUCAACCCGGAGGCGGGCAUCUUCACCAGCAUCAGCCAAUCGGAGCAGGACAACCUGGUGCAGCAGGCCAAAGCCCAGUUCCGCAUGGCAGAAGAGGAGGCGCGUCGGAACCGCCUGAUGCGGGACAUGGCCCAGCUCAGACUGCAGUUGGAGGUUUCCCAGCUAGAGGGCAGCCUGCAGCAACCCAAGGCCCAGUCCUCCAUGUCUCCCUACCUGGUCCCAGACACUGCAGCUCUCUGCCAGCACCUCAACCUCAUCCGCCAGCUGGCCAGUAGCGGCUGCUUCAUCGUCAUCAUCCCACGCACAGUGAUUGAUGGGCUUGACAUGCUGAAGAAGGAGAACGCGGGAGCAAGGGACAGCAUUCGCUUCCUGGAGUCAGAGUUCCGUAAAGGCAACAGGUACAUCCGUUGCCAGAAGGAGACGGGGCGGAGCUUUGAACGGGACAAGCUGAAACGGCAGGACAUUGAAGCAUGGCAUCUGUACAAAAUGGUGGACAGCUGCCGCCAGCUCACCAUCUCCCAGAGCAACGGAGAUGAUGACACGGCCGGCAUGGUAACCAUUCUGACGGGUCACGCUGUGGAAGAGCUAAGCUCUCGCUCUGCGACAAUGAAGGCGGCGGUCCAGGCAGCGAGCGCGGCAGGCAUGGAGCUGAAGAACAUGGUGGAGUUUUACCGGCAGUGGAAGGAGAUUGGCUGAGAGGUCCCAGCGGGGCGGGGUUUCGGCGCCGUGGACCGCCGAUCGAUUCAAACACUCGCUCCCUCUCUCUAUCACUCUCUCUCUCUCCCACUCUUUUGCUCUGUGUGUAUCUCCGUCUCAGAGGUAAAAACAACUCAAAGGAAAGGAGGAAGGAUAGACGAAAAGGAAAAGGAUGGAUGGAAAAGGAGAAAGGAGUUGGGCUAAGGAGGGCUGUAAAGGUGAAUACAGUGGAGGAGAUGAAGGGUGAAACGGAGCUCAAAGUAACGGUAGAUCUCUCCCCCCUACCUCCUCACUCCCACUCUCCCGCACAAAAAAAAAAUUCCCCCAGUGUAAACAGUGACCCCUAGUGGUCUGGAUGAGGAAAUGGUGGGGGUGGGAGGGAUGCUACACAUCUUUAAAGGGCUGCCAGUUCACACCCUAACCAGGCAUAAACUGUAUAUGUUAGCGACCAAGAGUACAUGCGCCGUCAAGAGCGAAUCUCUUGCAAACACACACAUACAUACACAAGCUCACACACAUACAAACUCUCAUGCUCGGAUACAUCCAUCUAGGUAUAUAGUAGAGCUGUGUUUGUCUUUUUUGCUUCGUCCUUCCUGUCCCCUGUGUUUGAGAGCACGGAGCUUCCUGUCCAGCGUCCGGUAGCCAAAGGGUUUUGGUCAAGGCCAAGCUGUGGAAGGAAAAGUGUGUUUUCUGAAAAAAGAGAAAAAGAAAAGUACACACACACUGUUAACUUGACAACUCGGGCCGGCCAAGCUACCGGUUCUAAAUCUCAGACAGGGCCUGGUAACCUGUCUAUGAGAGGGGCAAGAUGGCGGGCUUCACCAUCUCUGGGAUAUGCUCUCCUAUGUGGCUAAUCUAUUCUUUCUCCCACCCUCCAUUAUUUGCGAUGUAAUUUUGUUACUAGUGACUAAUGUAUUGCUGUUUGUGUAGGAUCAAAUAUCUAUAUAUGUAUAUACAUAUGUAUGUGUAUAUCUACAUAUAUGUGUAUAUAUAUAUGUAUAUAUGUGUAAAUGGCGGGUUGUGCCCGAUUGUGGUUUUAAUUUGGAUUUUAUUUUUGUACCCAAACAAUUUUCUUUACUUUUGCUUAUUUCUGUUUUUGUAAGCAGUCGCUGAACGAAACGCGAAGAAAUGUCAGGGGAAGGGGAAGAGAUUGUUGUGUAUUGUUCCAACGAAAAAACAAAUAACUUGCUCUUACUCUUCUGAAUAAGACUAGUGCUAGUAACUCUGGGUGGAUUCGUAAUGUCAUUUUGUUUGAUAACGGGUGUGAUCAUCAUCGACAUCUGUUAAAUGCUGUCCACGAGGGGAGAGGGGCUUGUACACCAACCCUUAGGAAAUUGCGGUGGGCCUAGUACUGACACCUGUGAACCCCUCGAUGCCAUGCCUGUCUACCGUCACCGUUUCCAUAGCAACUGAUCUGUAAUACACAGCGUGGAGGAAAGGCAGUGUGUGUGUGUGUGUGUGAGAGAGUGUGUGUGUGUGUGUGUGUGUUGCCUCACAUUGAACAAUAAAGAGAAGCCCGUCUAACAUC